GGAGGGGGAGGUGUCGGGGGGGCUCUGACAUUGAUGGGCUGCGUCAGGGAAGCGUCACCCCCGCCGCAGAAUCAUCAGAAUCAACAUCAUCGGACGCUUGGCCUUGGCGAGUACUCUGCUCAGAACAGCGUCGAUCCGCUUCCAAAAGAGCCAAAGAAGCGCCGCUUCCAUCCCCUGCGUGGCCUCAGGAAGAUCUUCCGGCGUAAGAGUCGAGGAGCGGCUGACGCCCGACUGGUCUCCAGCCAUGGCAUCGACCGGGACGCGGAAAUGGUCCGACUCCCGAGGGAAGACGUCACCGACAGACAUCCCGCGGGACGUCCCGAAGAGGCUCGCAGCAGGAGCGCCAGCGAGCUACUCACGGACUCCUGCGAUCGAGAGAGCGUGUUCCUCAGGAGGACGGGCAUGGAGGAAUCGUUCGUGAAGCUGCGAGGAGGAGCCGGAAAAUUGUCCGUUUCGCACGACAGCGUUUUCCCCGGGGAGGUUCCUCACACUCGACCUCUCUCGUCGUUGGCCAGCCUGGCUACCCUCGAGCGGAGGCAAACGAGAAAGAGCAACGAGAUCGAGCACAAGGAGUACAAUCAACACGUCGUGCAGAGGCACAGGAUAUCGCUCCGGGUGCUCGAGCAAAUAAAGACGGUCAUAGAGAACCGGAACCAGCUAGCCUCGGCGACCUCGUCGGAUACCGCGGGCGCUGUGCACGCUGUCGGUGAACGUUAUCACCAGGAAACCGCCGAGACCCGUUUCAUCGGCAUCGAGAAGCAAGAGAGGAACGGAGAGGAAAAUCAAGCAAAGGACAAGGUCGAGGACAAGGGGUUCGGGCCGAUAAGAUCGGCGUGCAGAAUGGAGGAUCGAGCGAGGCCGAAGCCAGAGAGCAGACGGACGAUCCCUCAGGCGAUGAAAGAGCAAUCCGUUCGAGCCGAAGAUACGAUCGAGGAUAUACCGGAGGACGAGGCGAAGGGAUCGGUGAGAUCUUCGUGCAGGAUCGAGGAUCGACCACGCUCGAAGCCAGAAACCAGACAGAGGAUCCCGCCGAUAAUCAAAGACGCGAGCUCACGGAUCGAGGAGACGAUCGAGGGCUCAAAAUCGCCAAAGGACACGAUCGAUCGUGUUAUCCCUGUGGCCAAAGAAGAUUUACCGCAACUCGAAAGCGCCAGCUUGAACCACACAGCGGCUCUUCACCGAAUUUCGGUACGACCUAAAAACCGAAGGCCUCCGAGGCGUACUGGUUCGCAGGCAGCCAACGCGUCGACGUCCACGAUCACCACUAUCGCGGAGGACUCGUUGGACAGCGUGGACCAGCAGACGGUAAGCGCCAACAGCAACGCGUCUUCGCCAACGGAACCGAAGAACGUGUCCGUCACGAGGAAAUCCUCGAGCCGAUUGUCACGCACGUCGGAUAUCUUCGAGGAGCUGGAAACCAAGCUCCCGAGGAAGCCAUCCAGCGCGGCCUCCCUGUCUCCGGACAGUCUGGACAAUAUGUCGGGAUCGCGAACGAGCGUCGAGGUGAACGAGGAACAGGUGAACAGGAACGAGCAGCCAGAGAUCCGAUCGAUCGUCAGAAAGCCGUCGAAUCGGACACCAAAGAAUACGGAGAUGUUCGAGGAGCUGGAAUCGAAGCUGCCUCGAAGGAGAUCCUCCAACAGAUUGUCCAAGUCGCCCGACAGUCUGGAGGUAGGUUCCUGUUGGUUCUCCAAAUCGACAGAGGGCUUCGACAAGCUGAUGGAGUACGAGGAAGCGAAACCCGUGACCCGAAGACUACUGAACCCGAUAUCGAAAUCGAACGACCGGGUGUCCAAGUCUUCCGACAGUCUAGAAGCCAUAGAGGCGCUCACCAGCGACGAGUCAAUCGAGCGUAGGAGGAGCAGCUUCGAGCUACGCGCUCGUAGAUCCUCUAAGAACAUAUCCAAGUCGUCGGAGAGCUUCGAGGUCUUGGAGCAAACGCAGAUCGGGACAGAGACUGUCCAAGAGCUUCAGAAACGUAGUAGCAUUUCAGAUAUCAAUUUGUCUCGAGGAAGAAGGCUAUCGAAGAGCAUAUCCAAAUCGUCGGAGGAUUUCGAGAGAAUCGAGAUAAACGAGCCCAAAGACGAGGAAGAAAACGCCAGGGACAGCUUCGGUAAAUGUUGCAGGAGGUCCUCGAAACGGAUGUCGUCUGAGAGCUCCGAUAAUCUGGAGUCGGACGACAGGUUGGAAAAUAGAAGGAUCAGAAGGACACCGAAGAGAAUACCUAGCACCAGUUACGUGGAUAUCGUUCCAACGGACGAUCAGGAGGAGGAGAAGAGAUCCGUCACGGUUAGGAAGCCAACCAGACUUCAAAAAUCGUCCGAAAGCUCGGAACUUGGCAGUACCGACACUCUAGACUCCGAGAGGAGGAAUAAAUCGUCCGAGAGCACCGAAACCUUGGACAGUUUAGAGAGGGAUUUGGAACAGGACAGGAAACAGGAAGAUCUAGCGGACGCUGUUGCGGAAAGACGUGAUAAAAAUGAUCCUUGGACCAAUAAAUCUAUAGUGACGUCGCAUUCGGAUCAAAUCUCAAUGGCGGACGGCACAGACGACUCCAAAUCGCUGAUCUCACCGGACAAAUUCUACUGGCGCCAGUCGUCGGAAUCGAAGGAGAAUAUCGACAUUCAUCAGCUGCUAGCCAUCACGAUAGUUACCAGAAUGGCCGACAACGGCAACAACCAACGAAGCUCUGUGAUUUACCCUAAGAAGAAGCAACAGAUCACCACGUCACAGCCUACCUCUCCAGUCGCUAAACAGGAAGACAACAAGAUGAUCUUCGACAAUCUCCUUGUCAGCAAGAACGACGAGGAUCUACAGAAUAUGUUAAACGGCAAUAUAUCCGAGGUAUCCACGGAUACGAAGAGCUUUAAAGAGAAACUAAUCAUGUUCGAGAAACUCGGCAAAUGAACACUACACACAUCCACACACGCGAUAAAUGCAUUGUUUAAUUGAUUUCGACAUGUUGAACGGAGGAGAAGUCGAUACGACGAGAAACUGAUGGAAACGAUACAAAGUCUUUUUUCCUGUAAACUUUUUUAUAUCCAGAUUUCAUUUGUACACUGAAUAGGCUGGAAACGAUGAAGCACGAUCGAAGAUGACCGACUGGUUAAUACUAUAAGGCGGACAAUAAUGUAAAAUUGUUUACUUCGAAUUUUUAUAAUGUUUUUCAUAAAACGUGUCCUCGUUUCGCACUCGUAAACACCAAAAAGGUAGAAAGUGGGAAAGGAAUAAAUACGUAAAGAGAGUUUAAAUUCGUCUGUGGCGAGAAAGUUCUAAGGUCAACAUGUUUAAACGUAAUUGCUAACUGUAAUUAGUUGUGAAUCGUGUGUUAUAUUUAACUUCUUCCGUUGCAGUCGUUUUUUUCUUCUUCCUUUUUUACUUGUAACAAAACUCACAUACACGAUGAGAUUGCCGGUUAUGCCCAAAUGCAGUAUUAGGUGGUGCGCGAUACCGCGAAGCAACAUACUCGCGCGUCGUGCUUACAAAUACUUCUCGUGUUAGGAACUUAGUGUUUCUUGUUGUACAGUAGCUUAGAGGCGCCUAUAAAUGUGUUUCGUUCCAUUGUGUAAAUACAAAGGAGAAAAAACCCCGUUGCAGAAUUAGACACGAUCGCGGACGAAAAGAUACGAGUAGAAGGAAUAAGAGAGUGUAGGAGAUAAUAGAAAUGGAAGCGAUGCGGGAAGGUGUUGUUCAAUGGCCGAGCGAGCCAUGAAGCGAACACAGGGUAUGUUGUUAGAGAAAAAAUUAUAGUUCGAAAAUCGUUCAUAUCUAGAGAAAUGUUGCGAUAAUCUAUGGGAAAUGCUGCCUUUCCAUACCAAUCUAGUUGUUUCUAUGUGUCGAAUAUUGAACUGCGCGAAACUGACAGAGACUAUUGUUAGAUUUCCGAUCUACUCUUUCCAGAUUUCGAAACAGCGAAAAUGCUUCCAAUUCUUUUCUAUGAGUAUAUGAUACAUGGAACAUAUUUUUUGAUUUUCGAUUAACGACUGUACCGUUUGGAAUAAUCAUAAAUUCCACGUUGUGGCCAAAUAAAUCGUGACUUUUCGUCGUGUACAAUUUGAAGGGAAAUGGCGGAUCAUCGUGGGGUGAAAAAAGACAUUAGAGUGUAUCGUCUCUGUCACGUGACACCGCGUGAAAGGCAAGAUACAACUUCUCUUCAGUCUUUUAAGUGCCUUAACGAAGUACUGAGAAACCGACUGGUUGCGAACAUCGUUGGAUAAACCGCGCAGAUACGUUUAUCACUCCCCCUUUCUCUUGACCACUAUCCCUUUUUAGUUUUCUAGUUGAUUAUAGACGUCCCAAACUCCAAAAGAUACGCGUAGGUUGUUAGAUUAACGAGACAUAAAUAGAAAAUUGAAUUAACCAUCACUAUAACGUAUAAGA